UUUAACAAUUUGAGUUCACGAAACUAAUAAACUAAUAAACUAAUAAAACUAUAUUUUAUUAUCUCAUGUUUUAUAUGAUAGCGUCAUAAAUACUACAUUUGUUUAUUAAAGUGUUGGAAUUGUAAAUAUAAAAUGUUUUUAGAAAUAUCCGUUUACUUUUCAAUAAGUGACAUUUUAGUUACAGAUGAACGAUUGCAUUCUAAAGUUAAUCAGGUUAUACCAUAUUUAGAUUGAGUUUGAAUCUUCGGUAAUAUUUAUUAAAGAAUUAAAAGUAUAGUGAUACACACAUUCAUUAAACAAUUUGGAGGAAAUUGCUUGAUGAACAAUUUGUUUUGAACUGUACGUUCAUAAAGCAAUAGUGGAUGAUGAUAUAUAAUUAUUGUGAACAACAGAUAUGUUUUUUAUGUCCAUUGAAAAAAACAAAUAUAGAACCAGAGACUAAAAUAGAUAUGCCGUUAUGGUUGGCAGAUCCUCUUUGUCGCAGUGAGUUAUUAAUUGAGUGUGACCUCCCUAAUAUCUUUACAAAUCGAUACAGAGAAAUUAUCCAAGCUGAUGCUUGCAUAGUAGAAUUGCGCAAAUGGAAUAAUUAUUUUUAUGAAUUUGGAUUACAAAUACCACAAACAUAUGAUCAAAAUUUCAGAAUACCUAAUCAUCUACUGGAGGUUUUCAAAUGCCGGUUUAGAAUAAUUGUCGAUUUAACGCAAAGUACUAUUACUUCUCUUAAUCAAACUUCAUGUUUGGAAAAAAAAUUACUGAUUCAAGGACACGAAGGAAAAAGCCAAGUAAGUUCUUAUUUGAGUAAUGGAAUCGAAUUGAUUGAGAAUUCUGCCAAUUCAGAAUAUUCGAGAAAAUAUAGACAUACCAAAUAUAGAUGGAUAACAACUUCUAUAGAUGUUCAAAGUAUUAGAUAAAAUAAUAUAUUUCAUUUAUUGUAAUUUAAAAUAAAAAUUUUAUAUUAUAUCCAAAUUUAAGAUUGUGUACUUAAUUGUUUUAUGAAAAUGUUAAUAAUUACAAGAUAUUUCGUGACGAUUUCUUAUACAGGAUGAUUCAAAAGGAUUGCAGUUCCCACAACUUGGUUGUAGACAAAAAUUUUUCUAAAGCGAUUGGCAUUUACCAAAAAUUUCUAUAUCUAAUAUUUCCCGGGAAAAUGAAUUUCCAAAAUUAAUCAUUUCGACAAAUCAGACGGCAGCUCCGGUCAAUAAAAAAAUUUUCGUUUGCUCAUUACAAGUAUUAUCCCCUCUA